AUUUUUUAUGACCAUUAAAUUAAUAUAUAUAACCAACAUCAUUUCAAUAUUUUCCAUCAUUAAAUUUUUGUCUAAUUAAUUAUAUUAUUUAGCAAAAUUUAACAUUGGCAUAUAUUUAAAAAACACAAUGAAACUUACCAUGAGCAUCAUACUAUUGGCAACAUUCACUUUACUGUUUGUCAAUACUGUUUAUGGUGGAUGUCCUGAGGAGCCUAAAUGCUCAGACUAUCCGCAAACGUGCACGUGCGGUGCAGUGCAAGGCCAAAUUUGUGGUGCACGUGCAUCGUCCACUCAUCCCAAUUUCGAGAACCCGGCCACCAUUAAGUCGGUCAGUCUGUACGGUGCCAACUGCGACGCCGAUUCUCUGUACGACUGCAACGGUUUCCGUACUCGCGCUAAACUCCUCCGAACCUGCAACGAGUGCAUCUGUAACGAUAACUACAAGGGUGACGACUAUUGUCCCUGGUUUCGCAAGGGCCAACUCCCUGGUAGUACUCAAGUGGUCAACGUGUAAUAUUUUUUCAGUAUUCUUUUUAAUUACAAUAGGUUAAAAUUUAAUCAAGAUUUCAAUUUUCUUUGUAUAAAUCGCCAUUUAUAAAUUAUCUGAUAAAAUAUUUUAUAUUAAGGAAUAAAACUUUUGGCAAUUUA